AUGGCCUACUCCAUUUCAACCCAGAACUUUGUUGCGCUUUCAGAUCUGCAUCCAAAUCUGGCUCGCCCUAGUAUAAUCGGUGUAGUUAUUGGGAAAACAGAUGUCAAAGGUUUUCCAGACCGAAAAAACAUUGGAUCCGAGAGAUACACUUUCAGUUUUACCAUUCGAGAUUCACCAGCUUACUUUAUAAAUGUAAAUUCUUGGGGCAGAGAGGAGUAUGUUAGGUCACUUUCAGAAAGUUUUAGAGUAGGUGACUGUGUGACAAUUGAAAAUCCUUUAGUACAAACAAAGGAGCUAGAAAAGGAAGAAAAAUUCAAUCCCACAACUCCUAGCUGCUACAAAUUAUUGCUCAGUGAGACUCAUUCAGUGGUCAAAAUUUGUUGCUGCUAUGAAGUGGACACCAAGCUGCUUUCCCUGUUGCAUCUACCUGUAAAGGAUCCUCACGAUUACUAUUCUCUGGGUGACAUUGUUGCAAAUGGGCAAAGCCUUGAUGGAAGAAUCAUUAAUGUGCUUGCCGCAGUGAAGUCGGUUGGGGAGCCAAAGUACUUUACCACUUCAGACAAAAGGAAAGGUCAGAGGUGUGAAGUAAAGCUGUAUGAUGAAACAGAGUUGUCCUUUGCAAUGAUUUGUUGGGAUAAUGAAUCUAUCCAGCUUGCGCAGAGUUGGAUGCCACGAGAAACAGUAAUAUUUGCAUCAGAGCUGAGAAUAAAUUUUGACAAAUUUAGGAACUGCAUGACUGCAACUGUUAUAUCAAAAACCAUUUUUACAACUAAUCCAGACACACCAGAAGCGAAUAUUCUUUUCAACUUCAUAAAAGAGAGUGCAGCAACGGGAGCUUUGGAUGAUAUAACUGAGGCUCAGUUAAAAGAAUCCAUAAAUUUGCAGACUAUAGUUGACAUUUAUACUGUGGAGCAGUUAAAGGUAAAAGCUUUGCAGAAUGAGGGAAAGCCUGAACCAGUCUAUGGCAUUAUUUACGCUUAUAUUUCUACAUUGAACAUUGAUACAGAUUCAUCUAAAAUUAUACGAAACAGGUGUUCAGGGUGCCACUAUGUGGUCAAUGAAAUGUCAAACACAUGCACUUUCUGCAGCGACAACUCUUCAGAUGCUAAGUCUGUUUUUACCAGUUUUGAUUUACUGGUUGAUCUUACAGAUCACACAGGCACUCUACGUUCAUGUUACCUCUCAGAUGUCGUAGCUGAGGAAACAUUAAGCUGCACGGUCCAUGAGUUCCUCGCUCUGACAGAAGAGCAGAAGACAGCAUUAAAAUGGCACCUUCUUCUGGAACGAAGCAAAAUUUAUUUUAAAUUGGUUUUGUCACCCAGUUUGAGAACCGGAUUGAGAGUGAAUUUGCUUUCAUGCAAACUAGCAGAUCCUGUAGAGGCCAGUCAGAGCUUGUCAGGAAAAGGAAGAAAAUAACAUUGUUUGGCUUUUUAACAGCUGGAAGGAUUUAAAAAGGUUGUACUGCGUUGAAACGACAUUAUUAUAAAAAAAAAUGUUUGAAUCAAUACUUGUAUUUUGUUAAAUGUAUUUAGAUUGGUAAAAGAGAAACAGGUUUAUUACUGAACUUUACAAAUGGGCCUAUAUCAUCUUGAUCUUUCUGUUUUAUAUUAUUCUACUUAGAAAAGCUGAUUUAGGGGUCAUUUUAGGAAAAAAAUCUGUCUGCCAUCUAGAUGCACUUUCUGUUGAAUUAAGCCCCUUAA